GCGCCAGCACACCGGCCCUCCACCCGCACAGGUGCCGCAACACUGGGAGCAGCCCCGCCCAGACGGAACAAAGCGGGCGUGAGAGCCACGCGGUCGAGGAAUAGCGUUGGGUUGUUUUGUGCUUCCAGCCUGCCCAAACCUUCGGACAAAAUCCCUCGUUCCGCACUUCUCCUUACCCGUGGGAUACUACAAGCCAGCAGCACCACAACCCCCAGCCCCAGCGGCGAACCCGGCACCACCCAUCCCUCCCACUAGGGACCGUCCCGCCCCCGCCCGGCAGGAAGGCGCCCCCGCCUCUCCCAGCAGCGGCCGAGGGGCGGCCAGGCUCGGCUCCUCCCGGCUCCUCCCGGCUCUCACUCGCUUCCCGGCGUGGCCGGGACGGACGAACCGCGGGGCUCCGGCAGCCAUGGGGCUGCUCGCGCUGCUCUGCGCCCUGGCCGUCCUCAGCUGCCCGCUGUUGCCUUCCCCCGCCGCCGCCGUCCGAGCCGGCCGUGCAUAUAAUGGAAGCAGAGCAAUGGGCAGAACUUUUCUGAUACCUAUACCUCUGGAAGACAUUGAAAUCAGUGCUGAAAACGAUUCGGAGGUUGGAUUAGGAUCUACCAAUCAGACUAGAUCACCUCCACGUGAACAACGAACAGUGUCAGUGGAAACAGGGAGAUACCUCACUAGUCCAUGGCUGACCCGUUUUGUUCCUUCGGUUUACACAGUAGUGGUUGUGCUCAGCCUCCCUCUGAACAUUACAGCCAUAUUCAUGUUUCUGAAAAAAAUGAAAAUUGAAAAGCCAGCUGUAGUUUACAUGCUGAAUUUGGCUCUUGCGGAUGUACUGUUUGUAAGUGUGCUCCCUUUCAAGAUUGCUUACCAUUUCUCUGGAAACAACUGGGUAUUUGGACCUCGGAUGUGCUGCUUCGUCACUGCUGCUUUCUACUGUAACAUGUACUGUUCGAUAAUGCUGAUGACAAGCAUAAGCUUUGAUCGCUUCUUAGCAGUGGUGUACCCCAUGCAGGCUCUUGGCUGGCGUACAUUAACACGUGCUUCAGUGAUUUGUUUCAUCAUAUGGUUUGUAGCAAUAACUGGGGUUGUACCUUUUCUCAUCAGAGAGCAAACUAUGGAAAUACCCAAGUUAAAUAUCACAACCUGCCAUGACGUGCUAAGGGAAUCUGAGCUUCACAGCUAUUACGCACACUUUUUCUCCGUCUUCUCAUCUGUUUUCUUUGUGGUGCCAUUUAUAAUAUCUACCAUCUGUUAUGUGUGCAUCAUUCGAUGUCUGAGUUCUUCUAGUAUCGUUGCGGGACAAAAUAAGAAGACGCGUGCCUUGCUCUUGUGUGUGGCUGUUUUCUCAGUUUUUGUCAUCUGUUUUGGGCCAACAAAUGUCCUGCUAUUAAUUCAUUAUAUCCGUUUUUCAUACGACAACAGCUUAGAGUAUCUCUACUUCACCUAUCUACUGUGUGUAUGCAUCAGCAGUGUUAGUUGUUGCAUCGAUCCCUUUAUUUACUACUAUGCUUCUUCUCAGUAUCAGAGACAACUGUUUAGUCUCUUGAGUUGUAAAGAGACUUCAGAUCCUAACAGCAGUAACAGCAGUGGCCAAUCGAUGUCUACCACUAGCAGAAGGGGCACAUGUUCUACUAAUGCAAAUAACAGCGUCUACAGCAAAUUACUAGUAAUACAGUGAGACCAUGUGUCUUACACAUGCUUAAUUUGUAUACAGUUUCAGUCAAAUAAGAAGAUGCUAUCUCCAAGAAAUGCAGAAGCUUAUACCAUGUUGUGCAACAUACAGUUUCAUUAUAGUAAUGUACAGUCCAAAUUAGUACAAGUGUAUGUACAUGUGUGUGUAUUGUAUUUGUACAUAGGUUAGUGUUGAGGAGAAAAGUAGCUUUUUAAUAACAUCUGUUGACUGUUUUUUAGAUGAAGUCCUUUUUACAGACAAAUAUUUAAAUUGUUAGUGCAAUUUAUUAUGGGGAUAUCAUGAAAUCCUAUUGUGGGAUUUUCAGCUGUAUCAUACAGUUUAAAUUUCUUACUUACGGAGUCUGUCCAUCUAACCAUUAUUCUAUGAAGAAAGUGAAAAUAUCUUUCUAGGUAGAUUUUUUCCUUUUAUUUCUGGGAUAGUCCAUAUACCAUAUGGGUAUCAUGGGCCCCGAGACUGUAUAUUUUACAUGUUUAUUUAUGUUUAUAUGGUGUUAGGAAUUUGAACGAAUAAUUAACAGCUAUUGGUUGUUGAAUUUUGUCAAAGAAAACUGCCCUCAGUGGCUCAGAGCAGCUUUUCUUUCAGUGUUCUUACCAUCAAUUUAUGUUAAGUGUCUUGGUUAUAACAGUGGUAGAACCAAAUUACAUCACAUUGAACAGCACCUCAGAAAAUAUACUAAAAAAACAUAAUGUAUCACCUUGUUAUGCAGUUUGCAAAUGUAUGCUUUCUUGCACAUUGUUAGUCAUCAUUUAAUGACCAGCACUUGGAAGUAUUCUUUAUCUCUGCCAAGUCUGGAUGUCUUAUGUUAUUGGUUGUGCACACAUCAACUAAAAUUGCUGUCAUAUGCAAGUAAACAGCUACCUUUACCCUCUGUAGCAGUACAAAAGGUGAUAAAGCUAAAUAAGAGGAAGUCAGUGUUAGAAAUAAAUGUGUAGAUAAUAGGACUUCACAUAAAAGUAGAACCCAAAUUAAGUAGGAAUUUGGUUAAUGUAGGUUUUGCCACAGGAAACAGGCAAGAACAACAACAGUGGCCAAAUGUCCAUCACAAGGGAUAACCUUAAUCUUCCUGCAGGUACUGUAAGAGAGAGAAGGUUCUUUGUGUUGAUCUUCUCUUCUUGUUUUCUAUCCACUUCUUAUCAGGCUUAAACACAAUUAAAUGCUGAAUUACCGGUGACUAGAUUUUUGUUCUCAAACAGUAGCCACUUUCUGAAUAAGUAAAUAAAAUAAACAAAAUAAAAAUACAUGUAUGUAUUGUUUGUAAGGGUAAAAACCACAGAUGUUUAUAUGAAAUAAUAAGACACAUUCGCGUUUUUGUUGAACAUUAUGUUAGCAGUUGCUGCUUGAUAGGUUGAUUUGUUCUGUUUUUCCAGUAAAUAGUUUACCUUAAAGCUACAGGAAACAGCUUCCUGCUUUCUGAGAAGUUACCUCUGUGCUUCCUAUGGGUAUAAGGUGGGGGUGGGUACUGCAUUUUUAGAUCAAUCAGUAAUUGGAAGUUAUUUCAAUGUAGUUGUAUUUUGUUUACUUUUAUAUAACCAGAAGAGACAAUCUGGUCAGUUUUGCAAGGACAGUAUUACAGAUAGGAGGGAAGGUACUUAAUGUUUCAACUUUCUGUAUUAUAAACUGUAAGUGUUAACUCAUUGCAUUAAUUUCUUGUUACAUAUUCCUAUCAUAACCAAAUAAAGUAGUAUCUACUUUGUUUCUUUGAGGUAUAA